AUGAUCAUCCCGGUCCGUUGUUUCUCCUGCGGCAAGGUGAUUGGUGACAAAUGGAACGCCUACCUGGCUCUCCUUCUUGACGGUCGCACCGAAGGUGAAGCUUUGACAGAGCUUGACCUCAAGCGAUACUGCUGUCGUCGAAUGGUCCUGACUCACGUAGACCUGAUCGAAAAGCUUCUUCACUACAACAUUCACGAGCGCAGAGUUCAGGCAUGA